AGAUGUCCGCACGCGUCGGCCUCCUGCUGCGCGCCUUGCAGCUGCUGCUGUGGGGAGGCCUGGACACGGAGCCGACGGAGCCGGGAGGCAGGGAGUUGCGCAGAGAGGCGGAGGCAUUCCUGGAGAAGUAUGGCUACCUCAGUGAACAGGUCCCCAAAGCUCCUACCUCCACUCGGCUCAGCAAUGCCAUCAGGGAGUUCCAGUGGGUGUCCCAGCUGCCUGUCAGUGGCGUGCUGGACCGUGCCACCCUACGACAGAUGAUGCGGCCCCGCUGCGGGGUUACCGAUGCUGAGAGUCAUGCAGCCUGGGCUGAGAGGGUCAGUGCCCUGUUUGCUGGACGCUGGGCGAAAAUGAGGCGAAGGAAACGCUUUGGAAAGCAAGGCAACAAGUGGUACAAGCAGCACCUCUCCUACCGCCUGGUCAACUGGCCUGAGCACCUGCCCGAGCCGGCAGUUCGAGGGGCUGUGCACGCCGCCUUCCAGCUGUGGAGCAAUGUCUCAGCGCUAGAGUUCUGGGAGGCCCCGGCCACAGGCCCCGCCGACAUCCGCCUCACCUUCUUCCAAGGGGACCACAACGACGGGCUAGGCAACGCCUUCGACGGCCCAGGGGGCGCUCUGGCGCACGCCUUCCUGCCCCGGCGAGGCGAAGCACACUUCGACCUGGACGAGCGCUGGUCCCUCAGCCGCCGCCGGGGGCGCAAUCUGUUCGUGGUGGUGGCGCACGAGAUCGGCCACACUCUAGGCCUGACCCACUCACCCGCGCCGCGCGCCCUCAUGGCGCCGUACUACAAGAGACUGGGCAGCGACGCACUGCUCAGCUGGGACGACGUGCUGGCAGUGCAGAGGCUGUAUGGGAAGCCCCUGGGGGGCUCAGUGGCUGUCCAGCUCCCAGGAAAGCUGUUCAUUGACUUUGAGGCCUGGGACCUUCACAGUCCUCGGGGCAGGCGCCCUGAAACCCAGGGUCCUAAAUACUGCCACUCUUCCUUCGAUGCCAUCACGAUAGACGGGCAGCAGCGAGUGUACAUUUUUAAAGGGAGCCACUUCUGGGAAGUGGCAGCUGAUGGCAACGUCUCAGAGCCCCGCUCACUGCAGGAAAGGUGGGCCGGGCUGCCCCCCAACAUUGAGGCUGCUGCAGCGUCUUUGGAGGAUGGAGACUUCUACUUCUUCAAAGGCAGUCGAUGCUGGAGGUUUCGGGGCUCCAAGCCUGUGUGGCGCUCCCCGCAGCUGUGCCGGACAGGGGGCCUGCCCCGCCACCCAGACGCCGCGCUCUUCUUCCCUCCGCUGCGUCGCCUGGUCCUCUUCAAGGGUGCCCGCUACUACGUGUUGGCCCGAGGGGGGCUGCAGGUGGAGCCCUACUAUCCCCGUGACCUGCAGGACUGGGGCGGUGUCCCUGAGGAGGUCAGCGGCGCCCUGCCGCAGCCGGACGGCUCCGUCAUCUUCUUCCGAGAUGACAGAUACUGGCGCCUUGACUACACGAAACUGCGGGCGACCGCCUCAGGCCGCUGGGCUGCCGAGUUGCCCUGGAUGGGAUGCUGGCACGCCAACUCGGGGGGCGCCCUGUUCUGAAGGCCCCACCACCUACUGAACCGUUGGCACCCUCAUGGCCAAUUCGAUUCCUCUGCCUCAGGAGCGGGACCUGUGUCGUGAAAGCCUCAGCCUCUCUGUGGAAGACUGGGCUGGAAGUCUCCACCAGAAAGUUUGCGUUUAUCCGCUGGA